AGAUCAAAAUGGUAUUAUACAAGGAGAAUUUGGAUUUAUCACGGCAGAUGGAGUUUAUCACGUGACUGUCUACGCUACCGACGAAAACGGAAACUUCAAAAUUUUGAGUAUGAAAAAUAUAAGAAUAAGUGCUCCUCUUGAUGGUUCGCCAGCACUUGGUCCAAUUUCACCUGAAGCUUCUAAGUACCUUAAGAAAUCAAAUCAAAUAGAAACUACGCCAUCUAAAUCAUCACCGCCAGCACCACCACAACAACAAUUCCAGAAAAUUCAGCAAGCACCAGUUCAAGCAGUUACACAAAAAUCAACCACUCAAUAUGCUUUUACUACUCACAGUACCAUCAGACCAGCUUGCGCAGGUUGUGGUUUAAUUACUCCUCCUCCACCAGGGCAAAAAUUUAUGUUCCAAAAUCCUGCGUUUAACAAACCAGUUGCAAGUCCUAUAGGCAUAGCACAAUUGGAAUCAGGUAUUACAAAAUCUUCUGUAGUAACCCAAUCUCAUUAUCCUUCUACUGCAUCACCUCAACUUCAAAACAAGAUUUCCAAUCUUCCAGUAGAUGCAGAAAUCUUAUCACCAGGCUUUCCAGGAGUAGUACCACAACAGCCCCUUGCUAAGGUGCCACAAACCUACGAAAAAGUACAAAGCUUUUCAAGUCCUCAGCAAAAUAAUCAAAAUAUUGGCCAAUUUAGGAGUCCAGGAGUAAACGAAAUACAAUCAGAUAAGAUUGAAGAAACUUCUGAUAAAGAAAAAGAACCACUCAACGGAGGGAUACAAGGUCCACCAAGUACCAAAGAAGAGCUUGUUCCUUAUACUGUUGAACAAACUCAUAAAAAUGCUGGUAAGCUUCAAUCAACCUCUGAAAUUCCUUUAUCAGGCAAUUUGCCAGCAUCUACAGGCGUCCUGCCACCAAGUAACUUGGCACGUUUUGGUAACGUUGAUACCCCAGCAAAUGAUAAUCAAUAUCCUGGUGAAACAGCUAAAGGUGAAAUUAAUAAUGUUGAAUUAAUUCCAAGUAAAGGAAAUAAUGAAAAACUAAAUAAGGACAAAUUUGGUCGCUUGCUAGCUCCACCAUUUGGCACAUCAGGACCUAAUCCUCUGUUGCAACCACAAGAAAUAUCUCAACUACCUCCAAUCAUGGUAUCAGACAACACAAUUCACGUCAUGGGUAAAAAACCCUUCGACAUACCAAUCAAGGACAAAUACACAGGAAUGACGGACGGUCUCCCUGAUGGUGUAGAACCAAAGGAUGUCACAAAUAUUUUAUAUAAGUUCAAAUAUACAGUCGGGUUCCACGGUCACUACGAAAGAGGUUUAAAGGAUGGUACGAAGAUCGGUGGGUACUUCGUCAACGGAAGAGAUGGAAUUAGUAGGGUUGUGACGUACGUGGCGGAUGAAAAUGGUUAUAGACCAAAGUUUAAAUUCAUAAACCUUGGUUUGGAUUCCUCCGAUACUCCUAAUGAGAAAACGGAGAAAACUUUCGGAUUAAAAGAUUUCGAAUUCGUUUGGUAUCCGAUUGAAUAAGAAGAUUUAAGUUAGGUUAAAAUGUAGUUUUAAAAUAAAGAACUGUCAAAUUUGUAUUUAUAAAAUAUUCGUAUAUA